AAAAUUACUAGAAAAUUCAUCUUAAAUUAUAAAAAGCUUUCAAUUCCUUUUCCUUGGUUGUUCCAACUUUCCAACAUUGAGAGAUAGAGUGGUACAAAAGGUAGAGCUUCUAAACACAAGAGCUAUACGCAUAUAUAUAUAUAUAUAUAGCUCUUUCUCAGUCUCUUUUUAUAUAUAUAUACAUACAUAAAAAUAGUAGAAUUGAAGAGAGAGAGAGAGAGAGAGAGAGAGAGAGAGAGAUGGUUGGGCCAGUGAGACCUCAAUUCGUUCUGUUUGGUUCAUCUAUAGUUGAGAUGAGCUUCAGUCAUGAAGGGUGGGGUUCCAUGCUUGCUGAUUUAUACUCUCGAAAGGCAGACAUCAUACUACGAGGUUACUGUGGUUGGAACUCAAGGCGUGCUGUCCAAAUUUUGGAUCAAGUUUUUCCAAAGGAUGCAGCAAUUCAACCUUCUUUGGUGAUAGUCUACUUUGGAGGUAAUGACUCAUUGCGUCCACAUCCUUCUGGAUUAGGCCCUCAUGUCCCACUUCAUGAAUAUGUUCAAAAUAUGAGCAAAAUUGCUACCCAUCUCAAGGACCUUUCAGAAAAAACUCACAUAAUCUUUCUCACUGCUCCUCCUGUAAAUGAGGAACAAAUUCAUGAAUUCUAUAGUGAAAAUGGAGAUAUGGGUAGAACAAAUGAGCAGUGUCGAGAGUACUCAGACGCUUGUUUAGAGCUAUGUAAAGAGAUGAAUAUCAAGGUCGUUGAUAUGUGGACUUCAAUUCAGAAAAACAAGAAUUGGAAAACUACUUGCUUCUUAGAUGGAAUACACUUCACUCCAAAGGCUAGUAAGAUUAUACUGAGGGAGAUACUGAAGGUGAUCAAAGAGGCAGACUGGGAACCAAGUUUACACUUUAGUUUAUUGCCAACUGAAUUCGGAGAAGAUUCGCCCUAUGAUACUGUCAUGCCUGAUGGAAAGACAACUCUCAACGUGUGUGAACGUAGUGACAAAAUCAUCGAAUGGCUAAAAUUAUACGACGAUGAUGAUGAGAAUUAAGGGUAUAGUUUGCUAGAGUACUCUCAAAGUUUCUGUUUAAAAUUUGAGAAAGAUGAUCAUUCAAAACUCAAGAUACUUAAUCAAUGUAAUAAGCUAUGGAAGCCCAGAUGAGGAUGUUUGAAGUGAGAACAAAAGUCUGAUAUUUGAACAAACAAAUUAAACUUGGAUAAAAUAAUGGUUACAGCUACAUGAAACUAAUGCAAAGUACAACUAUUUGUUCUUCA